CUCAAUUUCGCCCAUCGAUAUAUAUUGCUUUGAAUUGUCAUCCCUAAUCUAAACCUUCUUUCCGGUGUAGCCGUCUUCAACGGAGGUUAAAAUGGCCGCACAUAAAUCGUUCCGCAUCAAGCAAAAGCUUGCUAAAAAACUGAAGCAGAACCGCUCGGUACCACAAUGGGUUCGCUUGCGUACUGGAAAUACUAUUCGGUACAAUGCUAAGCGUCGUCACUGGAGGCGUACUAAGUUGAAGUUGUAAACUUAUGCAAAUGCCGUUUUUCGCAGUUUUGUAGUUUGUAUCAAAUAAAUUAAUUUUUGAAAUACAAACUAAA